UGCCGUGCGAAAAACAAAACGGGAGCGGAGCAGCUGUUGCCUGCUAAUUGGGAAAUUAAACACAAAACACAAAAAUUGUGAGUUUCGUGUGGAGUUUUGCCGAGUGAUAAGCGCUAGCAGGAGUCAUCUAUUUCGCCAUAACAAAUCGGUCGGCAGCUGCAACACGAUAUAUCUGACUCCAAAGUUUAAUUUGUGACACAAUUCGAAACGGGACACCCAGCAAGUGCAACAGAGAAGGCGAUAGAGCGAGGGGCAACUCAAAAAUUUAAAGUUAUUCCAUAUCGUAUCUCAUAUAUAUAUAAAAAUAUAUAUCGUGCUUCCCCCUUCUACAUCCCAUCAAAAUCAAAAUAAUGCAAAUUCAGGAUGCCAAGUGACGACAGAGAAGCAGCAGCGACAAUGUCCACGGUGCGCCUGCCCAUUGUGGGCAUGACAUGUCAGUCGUGUGUGCGCAAUAUCCAGGAGCACAUAAGCCAGAAACCGGGAAUCCUUAACGUACGCGUCAUUCUUGAUGAGAAGGCGGGAUAUUUCGAUUAUGAUCCACGGCAAACGGAUCCCGCCCGGAUAGCAAGCGAUGUCGAUGACAUGGGCUUCGAGUGCAGCUAUUCAGAGGCAGCGACGGGUGAUGGAGAUCAACAAACAAAUAGCACGUCCAGCGCCUGGACCAACAUCCGGGUAGUGGGCAUGACCUGCCAAUCGUGCGUACGCAAUAUCGAGGGCAAUAUCGGCACCAAGCCAGGCAUCCAAUCUAUUGAGGUGCAGCUGGAGGCAAAGAAUGCCCGCGUCCAAUACGAUCCCGCCCAGUAUGAUCCCGCCCAGAUAGCCGAACUCAUCGAUGACAUGGGCUUCGAGGCUAGUGUGCAGGAAUCCCAAACACAAUCCCCUAACUCCUCCCCCGCCCGCGCCUCAUCACCCAAAAAGAGAGCAUCUCCUUCACCACCUCAUCCAGCUCAAAAUGGUUCCGCAGUGGCCAUACCCAUUGAACAAGAGCUAUUGACCAAAUGCUUCCUGCACAUUCGUGGAAUGACCUGUGCCAGCUGUGUGGCUGCCAUUGAGAAACAUUGCAAGAAGAUCUACGGAUUGGAUAGCAUCCUGGUAGCUCUAUUGGCCGCCAAGGCUGAGGUUAAGUUCAAUGCCAAUGUUGUGACGGCCGAGAAUAUAGCCAAGUCCAUCACAGAACUAGGAUUUCCCACGGAACUGAUCGAUGAGCCGGACAAUGGCGAGGCCGAGGUGGAGCUAGAGAUAAUGGGCAUGACAUGCGCAUCCUGUGUCAACAAGAUCGAGAGUCAUGUGUUGAAAAUAAAGGGAGUAACCACCGCCUCCGUAACACUGCUAACGAAAAGGGGAAAAUUCCGGUAUAUCACAGAGGACACGGGUCCCCGGAGCAUCUGCGAGGCGAUCGAGGGGCUGGGAUUCGAGGCCAAGCUGAUGACCGGCCGGGAUAAGAUGGCCCACAACUAUCUGGAGCACAAGGAGGAGAUCCGAAAGUGGCGAAAUGCCUUUUUGGUCUCACUGAUCUUCGGUGGACCCUGCAUGGUGGCCAUGAUCUAUUUCAUGCUGGAAAUGAGUGACAAAGGACAUGCGAAUAUGUGCUGUCUCGUGCCAGGUCUGUCUAUGGAGAAUCUGGUGAUGUUCCUGCUCUCCACACCCGUACAAUUUUUUGGUGGCUUCCAUUUCUAUGUGCAAUCCUAUCGAGCGAUAAAACACGGCACCACCAACAUGGAUGUACUGAUCUCGAUGGUUACGACCAUUUCGUAUGUGUACUCCGUAGCUGUGGUCAUUGCAGCCGUAUUACUGGAGCAGAACAGUUCGCCAUUGACCUUCUUCGAUACGCCGCCAAUGCUGCUGAUCUUCAUUUCGCUAGGUCGCUGGCUGGAGCACAUAGCCAAGGGCAAAACCUCUGAGGCGUUGUCUAAGUUACUAUCCCUAAAGGCCGCCGAUGCUCUGUUGGUGGAGAUCUCGCCGGACUUCGAUAUCAUCAGCGAGAAGGUGAUAUCCGUGGAUUAUGUACAGCGUGGUGAUAUCCUAAAGGUGAUACCAGGAGCCAAAGUUCCUGUAGAUGGCAAAGUUCUAUACGGUCACUCCAGUUGUGAUGAAUCGCUGAUAACUGGAGAAUCAAUGCCGGUAGCUAAACGCAAGGGAUCCGUUGUCAUCGGUGGUUCCAUUAACCAGAAUGGAGUUCUACUAGUGGAGGCUACACACACGGGUGAGAAUACGACGCUCGCACAGAUCGUGCGAUUAGUAGAGGAGGCCCAGACCAGUAAGGCACCUAUUCAGCAGCUGGCCGAUCGUAUUGCUGGGUACUUUGUACCCUUCGUUGUUGUGGUAUCGAGUAUAACGCUGAUUGCUUGGAUCAUCAUUGGUUUCUCGAAUCCCAAUCUGGUGCCCGUGGCCAUGGAGCAUAAGAUGCACAUGGAUCAGAAUACGAUCAUCGUUAGUUAUGCCUUUAAGUGCGCUCUAAGUGUACUGGCUAUUGCUUGCCCAUGUGCCCUGGGCUUGGCCACACCCACCGCCGUGAUGGUAGCCACUGGAACGGGUGCUAUCAAUGGUGUGCUGGUGAAAGGUGCCACCGCCCUGGAAAAUGCUCAUAAGGUAAAGACUGUGGUCUUUGACAAGACCGGAACCAUAACACAUGGCACUCCAAUGACCAGCAAGGUUACCCUCUUCGUCACAGCUCAAGUCUGCAGCCUGGCUAGAGCUCUGACGAUAGUGGGUGCCGCCGAGCAAAACAGUGAGCAUCCGAUCGCCUCCGCCAUCGUUCACUUCGCCAAGGACAUGCUAAACGUGGGCGCCACUCCUCAGGGCGGCAGCUUUGGCAAGAGCAGUCACUUCCAAGCUGUGCCUGGAUGUGGAAUACGUGUCACCGUAUCCAAUUAUGAACAAACCCUACGACAGGCCUGCAACGCGGAAAGGAUAAUCAACUAUGAGAAUUUGCAUCGCAAUCAUCCUCAGGGAACUGUAUCGGUGGACAAAGGAGCCACUAUCGAACACUUGCUGCCACAGCGCAGUAUACGCAAGUCAAUGGAACUAAACAAUCAGCAGUUGCUAUCCGAUUUGGUCCCGGAGCAGGAAGAGCAGCUACCCUUGGAUCAGAAGAUCAUCGAUGGCCCAGAGAUUCUGGUGCUAAUCGGCAAUCGUGAAUGGAUGCAGCGCAAUGCCAUCGAAGUGCCGCUGGAGAUUAGCGAUUGUAUGACGCACGAGGAACGAAAGGGACACACCGCAGUGCUGUGCGCCCUCAACGGCCAGCUGAUUUGCAUGUUUGCUGUGUCCGAUAUGGUCAAGCCGGAGGCUCAUCUCGCCGUCUAUACACUAAAACGGAUGGGUAUCGAUGUGGUGCUGCUGACGGGAGAUAACAAGAACACUGCUGCCAGUAUAGCCCGAGAGGUUGGCAUUCGUACAGUGUACGCCGAGGUUUUGCCCUCACACAAAGUGGCGAAGAUCCAGCGGAUACAGGCCAACGGCAUCCGCGUGGCCAUGGUAGGCGAUGGAGUCAACGAUAGUCCGGCGCUGGCGCAGGCAGAUGUAGGCAUUACGAUUGCAGCGGGCACUGAUGUGGCCGCCGAGGCUUCGGAUAUAGUGCUGAUGCGCAACGAUCUCCUGGACGUAGUGGCCUGCCUGGAUUUGUCCCGCUGCACAGUGCGUCGCAUUCGCUACAACUUCUUCUUUGCUAGCAUGUACAAUCUUUUGGGCAUUCCGCUGGCCAGUGGUUUGUUUGCACCCUACGGAUUUACGUUAUUGCCAUGGAUGGCAUCUGUGGCCAUGGCAGCCAGUUCAGUGAGCGUGGUGUGCUCUUCCCUUCUGCUCAAGAUGUACCGCAAGCCUACGGAAAAGACGCUGCGAACGGCGGAGUACGAGGCGCAACUAGCGGCGGAACGAGCAGGUGGUUCGGAAUAUGAACUAGACAAACUAUCCCUCCAUCGUGGUCUUGACGAUAUGCCCGAAAAGGGCAGAAUGGCCUUCAAGCGAUCGACCAAUUCACUCAUUUCACGCAUUUUCAUGCACGGAAAUGGGGGCGUUACUUCGCCAGAUGCCAAACACGAGGAGGGUCUGCUGGAUCCCGAGGAGCAGUACGAUGGCCGCACCAAAAUCGUGAGGAGUCGCUACCAUGCCAAUGACAGCACCGAACUGCAGAAGCUGUGAAAGCUCAACGAUGGCAACUAUCAAGCAAGCACCAACAAUCCAACCGAUGACCUCAAAAAGAAGAUAAAACGACAAAUUUUCAGUGAAAUUUUUAAGCGGUCUUUAAAUUGAUUUAGUAAGAGAGCGAAUUAUAAAACCUAUGUACAUAUAUCUAUUUUGGCAGAUUGAUUUUUUUUUGAUAAAGAAUAAGCAGUAGGUUCCCAGGGCUAUUCUUGUGCUAUUCGCAGUCUAAUAUGAUUUUGUAUGUCUCACAUUAAGCAAAAGAUAAAUAAGGAUUGGUUUUAGGAAAGUACUCUCAGUAUGUAUAUAUACAUAGCUUAAAAACACAAAAUAUUUAAUUUAUAUUUUAAGUAUACUUUCUGAACUGCUGAGGUGUCUUUUUUAAGUCGACAAUAGCACCUUAUUUAACUAUUCUUAUAAUGAGAGUAACAAACUUGAUAGUAGAUCCAAAGGAUAAGUCCAUGAUAAAGUAAAGCCGCUACUGAUACUAAGGAUCGUAAGGAUUCUAUCGCCGCUUUUCUAUUACCAAGACCCGCACACCGUCCCCUUUUUUCUAUGUAUUUCUUAUUUUCCCUUUUUUUAUAAGAAACUUUUAGCAUUUCUGAGAGUUUUUUGUUUUAUACAAAAGUUUUCUUACUUUUUUGUCCGAUUUACAAUGCCUAUUAUAAUUAUUAUUAUUAUUAUUGUAUACAAAACUUUUUUUUUUUUUGUUAUGAUCGUAAGUUAUGUACAUUAUUAUUAAGUUCAACUGAACAAAGGCAAAGAAAUCGCAGAAGAACAGAGAAGACAAAAAACAAGACAUCAACCAUCAUUGAACUAUUGUUACUUAUUGUUAAUACGCAUUAUCAUUUAACCACAUACACGAAGGUAAAAUAAAUGAAAUCCAAAAGAC